AUGGAAAUGAGCGAAGAGCCAGGACCAGCUCGUGCGGAAUCUCCGAAAGCAACAAACGAGACCAACCCAAUGAGCGAAGUGCUGUUUUCUUUUGUUCAAAAAGAAACAGAACGAUUUCAGAAAUACGCAAAUGUCACCGUAAUUUACGAAAACUUUCUGCAAAUAGCGUCACUUGGAGAUGUUUCCAUGAUAUACCGGAAUCGUGCUGGAUUCUUCGGCAAGAAGAAAGACGCGCUCGCGAAGCCGGCUAUCAAAAUUUUCCUCGAAGUGCCUUCUUCAAGGCCUGCCGUCUACCACUACACGGGUCUGCUCAUCCACGAAUGUGUACAUCACACUUUCAACCAAAAAGAAGAAUCUACGUCUUGUAAGUGCUCAGAAGACAUCGAAUUCCAAAAGGCGAACAUUUCAGUGGGGGACAUCACAGCAGUCAAAGAUUCUGCGGUUCGACUGCUCGAUUUCUUCAGCAAAUACUGCACUGAAACCCCGUCGUCAAACAGUUUAGAAGACGCCCUUGCGGUAUUAUCAAAUUUAAUUCUGAACUAUUGUAUUUUUUCAGUGGCUUUGCGAACUGUCAGCAGAAUUGGCUGCGAAGAAUGCGGGAAGGCCUGCAAUGGCGAACUGCCACACGCCCGAGGAAGUUCUGGCGAGGUUGAAGACUAACGAAGUGGUGCCGAAAAUGCUAUCAUUGGUGAAUCUGGUGGUCACUUCGCUGCUCACGACGACUCCCGAUGCUUGCAUGAAAGUGAUGUUCAAUUCGAGCAGGCACGGGCCUCAUUUCAGUUGGAUGUGGCUCCAUAUUGCGUUAGUUUCAGUUCUCUCCUAUAAUAAAUCAAUCAUUGCAUUCGCGCAUUUCUUCAGAACAUUACUACAAGGCAGUAUUGUGACGCACUUGCUUGCCAGCGGCUCCGAACUCUUCCACGUCUACAUCAAUGAGAUUACGACACAGAAAAACGUUCCCGGAAGUAUGGCCACAUUGAAUAUCAUACAAACCGAGUACGAAAACAAAUUCCGCGCGAUAUCAGAAGUCUUUAAUUAUUUGAUGAGGAAAAGGAAUCCAGAGCUGCAAGAAGCGGUCUCCGAGCUGGUUCUGGUACGGGAACAGAAUGGAAAGAGAGAGGGUCGUAUGCUGAUUGCAGGAGAGUUUGGACGGCACCGGGAUAGCGAAAGGACGGCUCGGAUUCGCAUUCUUCUUCAAAUUGGUUACGUGCUCACUCAAAACGCUGCAAAUUUUGGUAACGAGCAAUAGCCAUUUGAGUAUGGACACUGCUCAGUUCCCAUUUUGAAUGUAUUUUUCCAGUAACACCUUUCAAUGCGAUCAGGGCGAUCCGUCAAAUACAUUCGGUCGACAAGAACACCAUCCUUCCCAAUCUCACCUUCACUGAUUUCGUAAAGCAAAUUGUCGAAGAAGUUGAUCCCGCGACGCAUGGAAUCGUUUUCGAAAUGCUCAUAGAAUUGGUUUAUAAUCCAGAUGUGUUCGAAGGUAUUUUUAAAGUUUGAAAUGUGUUCGAUCACAUGAUUUCCAGGUGAAAACCAACCAGAACUGCAGGAGGCGAAUCGGAGACUCUCGGAAGACUGUUUUCCCAUUCUGGAUGUGAUGAUGAACAGAAUCGUACGGAUUUCGCACGCGACCGGCCCUUACAAGUGUCCUUCCCAACAUCCGGCGAUCAGUUCGUAUUCUUCUGGAGAACGACUCCAGUUCAUUCUCGGCUCCAUCUCUCGACACAUUGAAAAGUUCGCAUUCUUUCUCUUCAUUCUAAAGUUUUCAUCUUUAGAUCGUCUUCAGUAAUCCGACACCUUCAUGCCAUUUCCAUAGCGAAUGGCGAAGCGAAAGCCGCUGAAAUCGCUCUUCGCUUUCUGAUGACAAUAAGCUACAAUGAAACGAAUUAUGUGAGCGACCGACCUACAGAUUCCCUCUUCAAGCUAAGCUAAAUAUUCAGAUGUACAUUCUGAUGGCGUUCAUAAACACAACAGUUCCGUUUUACCCUUCAAUGAUAGAGUACAUGUUCCGAGAGUUUGAUUCUCUGAAGACGUUGAUUGAAAUGAGCAUUCCGGAAGAAGACUUCGACGUCACGAAACUUCAUCUCAAUCUGAUUCACAAUCUACGAACUCUGAUCGAGUGGGAAACGAAUUCAGUGCACGGGAACAGCCAUUUUGCCCAUCUGAGAAUCUAUCCGGGAGAGCACAUCGGCAGAGUGCUCAGCACAAUUCUCUCAGAUUCUUUCAAACUUACCAAUGAUCUCUUCAAAGUGGGUUUCAUAUAAAGUGACCGAAAUGAAUGAAAACCUUUCAGAGACAGGACCGAGAACCACUCUUGUCGAUAUUCCGAAUGCUCACGAAGCUGAUCGACGCUGUCUGCAAAGCGAAUUCUCAAACGACGAAGAACCGGAGAGUGCUCAUUUCGAUUUCUCACUGGUACAAACUGAUGGCACAGUUUGCGAUACUCUUCAAAUCGACGCUGUUGCUCGUGGGAAGAGAGUGUCCUGAGGGCAUAUCAGUCUUCGAAGAGCUCCGGACGGCCAUUCUUGUCCUGCUGCACAACAAGCACGUCGACGCGCAGCUCAGUCCGUUUGUGCCCGUCUUCAUGCACCUCUUCGCCACCGCCUGCUUCGCCGAUUCGAAAAACCUUUUCGAUGAGUCUGUUGGACAAUCUUUGGAGGUGUUGAUCGAUGAAAACGGAAUAAACAAAAAGUUCGAUCUGUCCCAAUUAGAAGACGGUCCUUCGGUGAUCAAUGCGAUCGGAAGUUUGCGAAUGAGAGACAAUCAUCUGGAUAUGCUUCACAAGGGACAAUUGAAGAGACGGAGACGGCACGACGACAAGACAGAGACUGGAAAUUCUGAAUUUCAGUCAGAGGACUCGAAGCAGAGGAUAUUCGUCGUGUUGGAUGCCCUCAAAGCGUUCUGCUUCGAUGUUCGCGUCGAUGUGAACUUGAGCAACAGCAAGCAACUCGCCCUCGCUCUCCUCAACUCCGUCUGCAAAGAUUCUCUCAACUGUGACAUGAAGUUCGAAGAAUGGGACAUCGAGGCGGAGUUCAUUCAUCGGUAGGUUCAUCUCCCGCACUCUUCAGCCAAAUCCAGUUAUCUUUCAGCCACGUGGAAGUGGAUCGAAAGAUAUUCACAAGUUCUCUUUGCGAUGGAAUCCUUCGAGUUCUUUGUGAGACCCGAAGUUUUGCCUACUGUCUCCCGAUCAUGAAGUCCAUGCUGGCGGUUGUUAUCAACGAGGCCGGCCGUUUCCCGGACAGCCGAACUCUCUCUGAUGCGGUCCGAUCCAAACUGCACAAAUGGGUCAUGCUGGCCCACAAAGGAGGCCUCCUCCCCACCCGGUUCGUCUAUAUCUGUGAUCUCGAAAUGUACGCCACUGCACACGAAACUCAUCUGAUGCUUAUUGAAAUUUGGAGAUUCUUAAUGGUAAGUCAGUCCCAAUACCGGUAAGUUCGUAUUCUUCGUUCAGUUCCGCAGCCUGACAACGAACUCCAUCGACACUUAUCAAGAAGAUCUCGUGCGAGGCGACGUCGACGAAGGACUCCCGAACGAAAACGAAGCGAUCGAGAGGACGAACAUGUCCGUUUUCCGCGUCAUUCUCCAGAAUCACCUCACCGAAGCAUUCCAUUUGUUCCCGAAGAUCUUUCCCGCUGAAUAUGACCAAUUGAAAAUGAUUCGACUGGAAUAA